UAUUGAAGGGGAUUCACUCGAUGAAGCCAGUGAUUGUAAUGAGGAAGAGCAUCCCAUUGUGAAGAAGAGUAAGAGAAAGAAAAAUGAAGCAAAGAAGAAACUGAGCGAUCAAGAAAAACCUUCCAAUUCUAACAACGACCUUCCUACUGGCACUUAUCACAAAGACACAGAGCCUCCCUCUAAAAAACUUAGCCGGACGAUUUCAGACGAAGAGUCCACAUCUUCACUAUACUAUUUAUCACCACCUUACAACAUGGAGGACAGUGGAGGAGGAAGAGGAAGCUUUAGUCCUACAAGAGAGACUGAUCUUGCUCACAGCCCACUAUUUGAGAAACUUUCACCAUUAUUAAACAUAAAUGAAGACGAAGCCUCAAGUUAUUCUGCUACUUCUCCAUUAUCAAAGGGGACUUUCUCUCCCAGCUGUCAGGCAGCGUUAGAGGCUAAUAAUACUUUAUCAUCGCCAGUUCCCACUAACUUCAUUGAUUCUCUCCUUUCUCCUACCUCGUGCAGCCCAGUCGCUCCAUCAAAAACUAUCAAACGCUCCAGUAGCCAUGAAAUCGGAUCGAAUCAUUCGUCUUCGCCACAUUCAAAAGUCUUGCUCCUUCUCUCUCGAGUCUCUCAUCUGCACGACUGUCAGCCUAUACUAGCAAGUGUUGAUGUCCUCUCUGUCAUUAUGGACUAUUACCUUACGAUGAACCUCAAGGAUGGACAUUGUUUUAAAGUCCUUUCUCGUCUCUUCUCUAAUCCUCACUGCUUCCAGGACUGUCUUGUCACGCUGGCCCCCUCAAUGUUGUUCCACCAUAUGAUCAUGACUGAUGACAAUGGAGGAGUAACUAAUGCACAAUGUAAUGCUACAAGUUAUGACAGGAGAAUUGCUACCAGUAAUACUCAAUCUACUUCAUAUCAAAGAGCUAUGGGCUACCCAUCUCCUCCAAUAGGAGAUUUGUCUAAUAUGAGGCUAUCAGAGAAGGUCCAGCAUAGAGGGAGUUCAUCUACUUUCCAAACUGCAGCACCAGGGAACCAACCUUUAUUAUUAGGGGACCAAUCUCCAGUUGGGGUGGGUCAAUCAGUGAAGGAUCUCUGUGUCCAGUUAUUAGAGAAGCUGUCAAGAGUUGCCGAGUCACCGUACGGUCAGGGAGUCAUAGCUCACAUGCUCCUUAGAGGCGAUGAGAGAGACGUAAUGGCUGGAAGCUUGGGACUCAUCCUCUUAGAAAAGUCUCAUUCCAUCUGUCACAAGAUGCUCACUGAAUAUGGCGGACUCCAUAACCUCCUCUGCUUAUCGAAAGGUCAGCUGCUGACCACUCAAUGCAGCUGUAGCCAGAACACCUCAACUAUUGAAGAUACGGAAUUAAAAGAACUUACUCCUUCUCCUCCCCUUCCCUCGUCAAAAGUCUCAGACCAAGAAACACUUACUCAGUUAAUGGCCAUUGAUACUCUACUGUAUCUUGGUAGUCAGUAUCGCAAGUGUCCUUCUAGGAAAAGGAGACAUAGUGCAAUAGAGAGACGAUCUUCAGCGACGCUACCACUACCAAUUAAAGCCGGAACUAUUUCUCCUCCUCCCUUGUCUUCCCCGCUUUGUCUUUAUAGAGAUUUCGAUCACUGGCCUUUUGACACAUGCAUAAUACUUGAUGAUGGAACCAUGUUCCCUGUUCAUAGGAGAGUUCUUGUGGAGUCUUCGGAGGUUUUUUCUGUAAUGCUCUCGGGAUGUUAUAAAGAAUCUACCGACAGUUCAGUCAGCCUUCACUCUGUUUGUCCGUCUUCCUUUAGAUCUCUCGUUCAUCAUGCUUAUGGGUGUGGCUCUCAUUGCUGGGGGCGUGUCAGCGAGAAGGAAGCCAUUGAUGAACAUUAUGAUGAUGAAGUUAUCGACGAGAUUGUGGCUUCUAUCAAAGAGAAGGAGGGACAAGAGAGAGGGAAGCAUCUCCUACGUGUCUUAAUCUCUGCCAAUCAGUUCUUCAUGUGCUCAUUGCUAACAGCUGCACAAGAGUCCUUCAUGCUUUAUCUGUCUCCCAAAAACGUCACUCCUCUAUUCUUGUUUUCUCAGCUGCAUCAGUGUUCUUUACUGUCUGAUGCUACAGUUCAGUUACUGGUUGGACGUGGUCCUGGAUUUUGUCAGUCAGAGUCUUUUCUUAGGCUAGUAAGAUCAAUCGAGUGUGAUGAAUUUCUAAGUACUAUUACGACAGUUUUUCAUCAAAAAUAACAACUUGAAUAUUUUUUAAUUAAAAAAAAUCAACCAUUUUUGUAUUAGAAAUUGUACAAUUUUUAAU